CAGAGCUAUUGCUUAAGAUUUUCCGGCUGCUGUCAUGUUAUGGGAUGUCUAUCCCCGACAUGCUGGCGCUUCUCAAACUGGUGCAAAACGACGAUGGCUACUGGUGUCGGUCCAUUGUGAGCAUUCUGAGGACUCUGCGUGACGUGUUUGCCUACAACCUAUGCUCUCCGUCGCACUUCUUCCUAAACCAUGACAAGCAUACGGUA